AUGGUCCUUUCAACUUCCCACAAGUGUGCUGCGCCCAAAGAGGCUGGAGGACCUCUUAUGAUCGAGGAGACCCUGUUCGCUCUACUCGAUGCAGUUGUGCCCGGUCAUCAGAAUAUUGGAGAAGUUGUCGCAGUAGCAGUCGGAGAUUCCGUCUCGCAGUGGAAGGUUGGGGAUCGCCUCGGUGGAGCAUGA